AAGAAAAGGGCAAGAGGAACUACUGCAUGUUUGUUUCUUCUGUGAGUGACUGAUUAAAAAACCACACACACCCACACGCCCAUAUGCACCUCUUAUGGGCAAGUACCUGUAACAAUUCAAGCAUUCAAGAAUAUUUCAAAUAAAAUCCUUCAACUGAGGCCUGCUCUCUUUACUCCCAUUACCAUUUCUACAUGUACAUUCUACAACAAACUCUUGAGCAUCCCUUACGCUCGUGUAACAGCUGCUCAAACACAGUGAGUUGUUCGGGGAGUGAAGACCACUGUAUUACAGCAACAGGGACUUUCAAAAGCCAGUCAGUGGUUGGUUGUAAAAAUCUGUGUUUCUAAAUCUAUUUGUGAUGCUGCAACAUCAGUAGAGAUGUUCUCGUGUUGUUCAGGGAUCCUGUGUAACGGUGCUCAGAGCUUCCUGUUCCUCUGCUGUUCUUUGCUCUCCUUCAUCCUGCUGCAGUGAAGAGCAAGAGGUAUUAAGUGUAACUGUAAUACAUAAUUCUUUGGAUAAUGAUCCAGAGUUGACGAUUCGAUUCUGAUUCACAAGCUCUUCAUGUCUUUUGCUUUUCUAGGUCCUUGAGAGUUUUGUUAUAGCCUAAGUGGGCAUUAAUCAACUAUUUAGUUCUAAGUUCUUUAUUUCAAUUAAAAUGUUGCAAAAAUAUUUUUUAAGGUCGGUUGAAUAAAAUUUAAGACAUUUUAGCAACGUUUCUCAACGUUUAGUAACAUUUAUCAGCAGGUGGCAGCAGAUUAUCUUUUUGACCUUUACAUUUGCUUACAACAAGCACCUACUGGAGACUAUGCUCAAUGAAAAAAAUAUUUUAGGGUUUAGUUUUAAUUUGUUGUUGUUGUUGUUGUUGUAUCAAUAAUCUAUUAAUUGCUUUUGUAUGUUAAAAAAAACAGCUUGAAAAAAACUCACCUGUGUCAUACUGCAGAACUAUAGAAAGAUCAUCAGACAGAAUAAUGUGACUAUCAAGUGAUUUAGUGAUUUAUCACUAAAAUGGAAACUGCAAAAAAAGAAAAAGAAAAACUGAAGAAAAUCGCAAUUGCUUCACAAUUAUAAACCAGGAUAACUUUAAACCUAAGCUCCGCUGAUGAUUGACAGUGCUUAUUUAGUUAAUUAUUGUGAUCUACAGAAGUAAAAUAAGUCAUGCAGGUGAGCUUCACAGUUCUUACAGGGCACCGGCUCAUGGGUUGUUGGCUUUGUUUCAAGGAAGACACUGACAGGGAGCUCAGCAGAUCAUAACACUUGAUUUAUUAAACAUAAAGAGGUGAACAUCAUGCAUUAGCCACAUCCGAUUACACAGUGUGUGUCAUAUCUCUUUCACACUCAGCUGUUGACACUGGGUGUGUGGAGACAGUAAUGAGCACUUUGCCCAGAUUGUCUCCUGUGAUGCCAUGACACUUGAAUUGGUGGAAUUCCUUGAUGAGUAUGGCGCUGGUUGCAGCCUCAACAGUGAGAGUCUUCUGAAUGGUAGGUGAGAAAUUUGUUGUCUCCAUAUAGGAUGUGCUCGUCUUCAUCAGAUGGCCAAUUUGAUGGAUUUAGAGCAGCUGCAUCAGAAAUAAUUUUGUUGUCAUCCAGCCUGUCCUCAUUGUAAGGGACACGCUCUCAGAUGUUAUGAGUGUAAUGAUCCGAUGGGUUCUUGUGCGGAUAAGAAGGAGAUAACUUGUGAAGGUGAAUCUUCCAAGUGUAUGAGUUUAACAGCGGUGACACCAAUAGGUAGCACUAGUCAUACAUUAAAGGUUAAAGGUUGUGCUUUACCAAAUAACUGUCAAACCAUGUCCUACAACUUUGGCAGUGCAAAGAUGUCCUCUUUCUGCUUUGAUACUGACCUUUGUAAUGACCAGGAUUCUUCAGAUUCCAUCUCCAAUGGAAUGAAAUGUUACUCUUGCGAUGAGAAGAGCUGCUCAAACACAGUGAGUUGUUCGGGGAGUGAAGACCGCUGCAUUACAGCAACAGGGAGUUUCGGAGGCCCGUCAGUGGGUGUGAAAGGCUGUGUUUCUAAAGCCAUUUGUAAUGCCACAACAUCGGUUCCUAAUGUUCAGAGCAUCUCAUGUUGCUCAGGGAACCUGUUUAACAGUGCUCAGAGCGUCACUCAGAGCUUCCUGUUCCUCUGCUGUUCUCUGCUCUCCUUCAUCCUGCUGCACUGAAUCCAGCAGAUCUACACAUUCUACAGCAGCAACAAAGACAUGCAAGCA